AUGAUCUGGAUUCUGUUCAUCGCUUUCCUUCUUUCAUUUUCUAUCAGAAAUAGGCAAAUGGCCGUUUUAUGCACCUGUGUGGAUCUGGCACCACCAAAUCAACCAUCUUCUUGUCCACAACUUACACAUCUAUGCAAUGACUCGUUGUAUCGUGAACUAAUGAAGAUGCAGUGUCCGAAAACAUGUGGUCAUUGUUCCGAAAAUGUCACUUCCACUGUCACUUCCAGUACUUGCCAGGAUAAGGCACCACCCAAUGCACCAUCCCAAUGUCCCAACUUUAUUCUUCUGUGCAAUAAUCCAAUUUACCGAGAUCUGAUGAUUCAAGAAUGUCCAAAGACUUGUUCUCGUUGCUGA